CCCAUUACGCAAGGAAGAAAUACCUGCGAUGCCACUACUGCCACAUCCCUAUAAUAAAACAAGGUGUCAGAAACGAAACCGAUUUGGAACGAAUAAAACAGCGUAGGCCUAUGCCAUACAAUACAAUAACAUGCAAUAGCAAAGGAAAUAGGUCACGUGGUAUGUAGACCUAAAACAAGGGAGAACGAGAUCUUGGUGACAAAGGCCAGUGGUUUAUGAAAAGUACAUCGGCCAUUUCUCAGUGUUCUGGUGGGCUAAGCACAUUGGGAAGUGUGUCAACCUAAUUAGUCACGCGCAGUGAUUGGAUACUCCGCAGAGUUUAACAAAGAGUAGGCCUAUCCAAUCACUGGGCGUGACUAGACUGACACACUUCCAAGUGUGCUUACUAGAACAUUGAGAAAUGGCCAUUAUCACCGAUACAAGAUUAUUUACUCAAGUCCCGUGACCACACUGUCAACAAUGUUGUCACGUGACAAUUUUACUUCCUGUUUUGGUAUGAGCUACAGCUGCGAGACUCCCGUAAUGUAAUAAUCCCAAUUUCACGGAGGGCUCCCUACGACGGCGAUGCAUCAAGUGGUGUAUUUUUGUCUACUGGCUCUGCCAAUUCACCUGUUGGUAGUUGCUGCGCCACAUUUGAACAAGAUAGGCCAACAAUAUGCUUCGAAAAGGAACAAGUUAGGGACAUUCUGGCACAUCUCAGACCUGCACCUGGACCCCACCUACCAUGUGACAGGAGACCGUACCAAGGUGUGCAUUUCCUCCAAGGGAUACCCAGCGGUGGACCCUGGCACCUUUGGAGACUUCAUGUGUGACUCCCCAUAUGAGCUCAUCGAGUCAGCGUUCAAGUUCAUGAAAACCUUGCCCCAACCUGACUUCAUGAUAUGGACAGGUGACAGUCCCCCCCAUGUCCCUGCGGCUGAGCUGUCUACCAAACAGGUGAUCGAGGUCCUCUCCAACACCACAAACACCGUCCGUGCCUUCUUCCCCACGCUGCCCGUCUACCCCGCAGUAGGGAACCAUGACUACUGGCCCCAGGACCAGUUACCAACAACAACCAAUGACAUUUACCAGGCGGUUGCCAAGCUGUGGUCCCAUUGGCUUGAGCCUGAGGCCGUGGCUACACUGCAAGCAGGUGGUUUCUACUCCCAGCUCAUACGGCCGCACCUGCGACUGGUGAGCCUGAACACCAUCCUCUACUAUGGGCCAGACAAGGUGACUGAGAACAUGACCGACCCAGCAGGACAGCUGCAGUGGCUCCAGGACACUCUGGAGACAUCACGGCAGAGCAUGGAGAAGGUCUAUAUCAUCGCUCACGUUCCCAUCGGUUACCUCCCGUACGCCCGGGGCUACACAGCAAUGCGGGAGGUCCACAACGAACGGCUGGUGGAAAUGUUUCGCAACUACAGUGACGUCAUAGCCGGGCAGUUCUACGGACACACGCACAGAGACAGCCUAAUGGUGCUACUGGAUCGCCAAGGUAAACCGGUGAACUCUGUGUUCGUCACGCCGGCCGUCACGCCCAUCAAAGGCCCAACGGAGCCGUACUCCAACAACCCCGGCCUGCGCAUGUAUCCAUACGACCCAGCCGACUAUGGAGUGCUGGAUGUGUGGCAGUAUUACCUGAACCUGUCGGAGGCCAACCGCGAGGGCCGCUCGUCAUGGAGGCUGGAGUACAGCCUGACGGAGGCCUUCCAGCUCCCAGACGCCGGGCCCCGCAGCCUGCACGCCCUGGGCCUCGCCCUGGCCCAGCCCCAUAGCCAGGCCUUCCAGACCUACUUCCGGCACUUCAUGGUGAGCUACAACAGCACCGUGACCUGCCCGGGCCAGUGCAAGAUCACGCAGACCUGCGCAGUCAUGUAUCUGGAUCGGGAAUCCUACACCGCCUGCCUGAAGGGGAUGGGGCAGGGUGAUCAAGGGUGGGGUGACUGAUUGAGCUGUCAUGCGAGGGAGUGUAGUGGGUGUGCUGCGUCACAGUGAGUGCAGUUACAAGCAUAGUAUUUCCGUUUCAAAAUGAAUAUUGUCAGAAUUCGGUCUAACCCCUUUGCGCAGAGCCUAUGUUUUUGUUUAGUUUAUUAGGAUCCCCAUUAACUGGGCACAGACCCAGCUAUUCUUCCUGGGUUUUAAUGUGUUCCUGGGUUUUAAUGUGUUACUUAAGGCUCUUGAUAAUGUUAUAGCAAUGUUGUUACGAUGUAAUGGAGUCUUUUUCAGCAAUGAAAAGUAGUGGUGUGCAUUGGACUGCCCUCGUGAUUCAAUUCGAUUACGGGAGGUAGUUAUUCGAUUCGAUUAAAUUCUACAAUGCAAACUGAAAGCAAAGCAAAUGUUUCAUCAGUCAGAUACUGAGCAACAUUUCAUUGGCUGUUUUCUGUAUCAGUCUUGCAGUUUUCAAUGCUUUGAAGUGCUUUUAUUUGCUCCCGAAAUAUCCACGGAAGUAAUUGAAACUUUAAAAAAUUGCCGCAUCGAUUAUGGAGCUUGCCGCAUUGAAUUGAAUUGUACAUGCCCCGCAUUGCAUUGCAUUGCUGAAUCGAUUAUUGUUGACACCACUAAUGAAAAGAUGGCGAGCCCAUCUGCGCAAAGAGGCCACAACAGGUUCCAGAAUAUUCUGUUUACAUGUGUGGAACACCGUUCUGCAACUGGAAUAUUCCCAGGACCAUGGUUCCAAGGUCGAGGUCACACUCAGAAUGAAUAAAGAGCUAACAUGACGUGUGCAUAUCGACCUAUCACCUAAUCAGAAUGUUCCUUGCGUAACUGCGCUCAAAUGUUAUCUUGUAAGGAGGAGAAAACAUAGCACCUUUGUUGUUGUGGAUUUAUGACUGAUGGGUUUAUGGGGCCUAUACUACAAAUCUGGGUCAGGAUGAGUUAAGGUUAAGUUAAGAGGUAAAUCAUCUAAUACAAGAGCGUCCAUGCUCUUCUAUUAGAUGAUUUACCUCUUAACUUAACCUUAACUUAUCCUGACCCAGCUUUGUAGUAUAGUCUCAUGAUGUUCAGAGGGUAGUCUUCUGUUAUGUGUUGACUGUGACUAAUGAAUGUAGCACCUUAAUCAGUACAGUAUAGGAUCGAAAAAGGGCAAAGCGGAGUGCACAAAUUUCACAAAAUGAUUUUAAAUAUCAGGGACCAGUACAUACCAAGUUGGAUGGGUACAGUGCAGUAUAGGAUUGAAAAGGAGAUUUUAAAAUUCAGGGAUGAGUACAUGCCAAGUUGAAUGAUACAGUUUUGGAUUAAAAAGGAGAAAGCAGAGCGGGCAUAUUUUACAAAAUGAUUUUAAAAUCAGGGAUGAGUACAUAAGUUGUAUGAUUUUUAGUAAUUCAAUUCAGCACUGAUCAUGUGAUGACGGCUGAAUAAAAAUGUCUACUUUUUAUUGUGUACAAUGAAUGAUUGUGUGUGGACAUGAUGAAUAAAGGCUUGUUUUGUAAUG